AUGGAAGAUGAGGAUCUCUUCGAUGACACUUUUGCUUCUGAGCUGCCUUUGUCAUCAGUAGGUGGGAAAAGUCAAGAUAACACAACAAAGUUUUCAAAAGUAAAUCUAUCCGCUCUGGAGUCUCUCACGUUGCCCAGAUGUACUGGCUGUCAGCGGCAAUUUCCGUUCCCCGUGAAUUUGCCUGAAAAUCAUGCGGUCAUUUCGCUGGAGGAGUCCCAGGCCGUAGAUCGUACACGCAUGGCGCCGCCCCCACAAGGGACAAGGUCAGGCACUGUAAAAAGUUGGAACGGGUCCGUGUUUGCGGCAGGCGUCAAGUCGACGAGAUCAGGACAGGUAGGGUCCACGGCUAGCAACAAAAGUAACCUCUCCGUGAACAACCACAGCUCCUCGACCAUGACCGAUGAUAUUCCCAUGUUUCCCAAGGCGAAAUCCAUGUUUCUUCACAGCGGGAAUAUCAUCAAUUGGAAUCGUUUGAAAAGGAAACCGAAUCAGACGUCGACAGAAGAGGUCUGUGACUGCAUUGGGAACACUCUAGCAUCUUACCUGGAAACACAAGAUAAGACAGAGUUGCAGUAUGUUACUGAGAUAUACAAAGUCAACUCUGAAAAUGUGCAGAAGAUUGAUGACACUGAACGAGAGGAGGUGAAAAUCACAGUGAAGGUGUUUGUAUGUUUGCCACUGCCAACCAGUGUGAUCAGUGAGACAGUCAACAAAGUGUUAAAUGAGCUUGGGACCAGUUAUAUUGAGACGCUGCUGUUGGCAGUUAGUCCUGGAGAAGGUGAAGAGGAUGAUUCAUCAGCUCCAUCUGUCAGUGUUAUCAAGCCUUACUGGGAGGCAAUGGAAGAGCUUGUGGCAGCUGAGACAGUUCUCUCCCUUGGUGUGUGUGAUCUGACUAAAGAUUCUUUGGAAGACCUCUACAACUGGGCAAAGGUGAAACCAAGCGUUGACCAGGUGAACCUAGAGUCCUGCUGCGUCAUGCCACAAGACCUCACAGCAUAUGCUAAAGCUGUCAAUGUUCAGUUGCUGACUCAUAAUGACAGACCAGUGUUUAUUCCAGAGGAGACGCUGCAGGAAACAAUACGAAGCGUAUCAACAGAAGCUGACGGCCGGAACUGGGUCCCACAGUGGGUCGUGAGAUACUCUGGGAUAGUCAAGUGUCGGGGCAUCAUCAAAAUGAAAGGCUACAUCAUCCACGCUCGCAGGGAUCAUAAAAUAAUACUACCAUAA